CUCCUCCUCCCUCCCCCCAACCCCUGAGAGAAGGCUGUGGCUGCAUCCCGUUACCAGGGAGUACCUGGUGCCCCCCCUUCCCCUGCUACCCCUUCGAUGCCCCCAGCCCGCUGGCUGAGAUCGGCAGGGACCCUCCUGCUGCCAGCCCCCCGCUGGCUGCCCUGGGAGAGGCAACUGGGUCCCCCAUGGCAACCCUCUCAGGCAAAUGGGGGUCCAGCCCUGGGGAUCCAGCACAGUGCUCGCCACUGGUGCCAAUCUCGGAGAGAGGAACCUCGAAUGAAUGGAGAUCAGAAAUCAGUUUUUGUCCAGGAGAAGCAAGAUUUUGUCCAGCAUUUCUCCCAGAUCGUAAAGAUCCUGACAGAAGAUGGCAUGGGGCAUCCUGAGGUGGGAGAUGCCAUAACCAGGCUCAAGGAGGUCCUAGAGUACAAUGCUCUUGGGGGAAAAUACAACCGAGGCUUGUCAGUGAUCAUGGUCUUCCGGGAGCUGGUGGAACCCCAAAAACAGGAUGCUGACAGUCUACAAAGAGCACUAGCCGUGGGCUGGUGUGUGGAGUUGCUCCAGGCUUUCUUCUUAGUAGCAGAUGACAUCAUGGAUUCUUCCCUUACCCGCCGGGGACAGCCAUGCUGGUAUAAGAAGCCUGGCAUUGGCUUGGAUGCCAUCAAUGAUGCCAUGAUGUUAGAAGCCUGUAUCUACCGCCUGCUGAAGCAUUACUGCCGUGGGCAGCCCUAUUACCUGAAUCUCAUUGAACUUUUCCUUCAGACCACUUACCAGACUGAGAUUGGUCAGACCCUGGAUCUCAUCACAGCCCCUCAGGACAAGGUGGAUCUUAACAGAUUCAGUGAGCAGAGAUAUAAGACCAUUGUCAAAUACAAGACAGCUUUCUACUCCUUCUAUUUACCAUUUGCUGCCGCUAUGUUCAUGGCAGGCAUAGAUGGGGAGAAAGAACACGCCAAUGCCAAGACCAUCCUUCUGGAGAUGGGGGAAUUUUUUCAAAUUCAGGAUGAUUACCUUGACCUUUUUGGUGACCCCAGUGUGACUGGCAAGAUUGGCACUGACAUCCAGGACAACAAAUGCAGCUGGCUGGUGGUGAAGUGCCUUCAGCUGGCAUCCUCGGAGCAAAGAAAGAUGCUGGAGGAGAGUUAUGGACAGAAGGACGCAGAGAAAGUUGCCAAAGUAAAGGAACUGUAUGAGAAACUUGAAUUGCCUGCUAUUUUCACCAAGUUUGAGGAAGAAAGUUACAGUAGAUUGAUGGGGCUCAUUGAAAAGCAUUCAUCUCCUCUUCCCCCCUCUAUCUUUUUGGAAAUGGCCAAGAAGAUCUACAAACGGCAGAAAUGACCAAGGAGUUGGACAUAGGUUGGGAGGGCAGGGAACCAUGUAUGGAGUUGGGACAGAAUGUACUCUUAAUAAAUUAAUGGCUUUUUGA